AAGACUUCAACCAACCCAUCACUGUCUGCUGACACGCACACUCUCACCGUUUUCCUGUGUUCACCUGCGAAAGCCACAAUCUAAAGAUGUUCCAGGUCACCAGACCAGACGACACUGAAAGUGUGGAUGAUCAAACAAACGGAUCCAGACCAGAUGAGAACACCGAAAGUGAAACUGAGGAUGAUAAAACAAACGGAUCCAAAACUGACGAAAACACUGAUAGUGAGGAUGAUCAGGGGGAAGAUAUCUUGGAUGGUUCUUCAAAGAUGAACAGUUCUGAAACUAGCAUAGCCUCUCAGUUGCAGCAAUUCACAUUUGGGUCUGGGAACAUCAGUGACAUCGAAGUUUCCCUGAGUAAGGAUGAUGAGAGAAAACUCUCCAUGAAAGGCUUCAAGAAGAUUGAUGUGAAUCUGAAUAAAGGAGCAGGAGGAGAAGAAAUGUAUAUCUGGUACAAAACGUCCUGCUGUGUACCUUACAUCACCAGGAUUCAACUAUCAUUCAAAGAAGAAAUGUGUCAAGGUCUGAAGGAGGCAAAUUAUGAUAGGGUUGACAAGAACCUCAAUGAAGGAGCCAAAGGCAACAGCAUUUAUCUGUGGUCUUACAAAGGUUGCAUUGAUGAAUAUGAUGUUCCCAUUGAGCACCUUUCCAUAACAACAUCUCCAGAUGAGGAAGCGGAGAAGUUUAAGUCAUCCUGGGAGAGGCUGGCCUGUAAUCUGAACCGGAGAGCUGGAGGAAACAACAUUCACCUGUGGGUGAAGCGAGCAAGACCAACAUACAUCUGUGAUCUCGCUGCUACUAAAGGCUUUGACAAAGAUGCUGAAAUGUUUAAUAAAGGGUACAUCAGAGUGGAUGAAGACACCAACAGAGGUACAAGAGGGGAUUAUGUCUUCAUCUGGUACCGCCUGACCACCGACAUAGACAGGGCCAUCAGUGAUAUGCAGGUCUCCAUCACUAAGGAAGAGUAUGAGUGCUUCAGUAAAGCAGGCUAUAAACUAGUCGAUCAGGAUCUCAACCAGGAGACCAAAGGAACACCCGUCUACCUGUGGUACAGGAAGGAUCAGCCGAUCUCUAACUUCAGUCUGAUGGUCAAGGAAACCGACCUGGAGAAGUACAAGAACGUGAUCCAAUUCAUCAAAAAAAACCUCAAUGAGGGAAAUGAUGGCUGCACAGAGUACCUGUGGUAUUAUCGAGAGGAAUCCAUCAGGAGCAAACCUGGCAAACCUGACAAACCUGGCAAACCUGAUAUCGGCGGAAUGGCCUGUCUGAUAUUUGGGGCCUUUUUUUUCUGGUUUUGGGACGCUUUUCAGCCAUGAUACUGUAGACUGGAUCAGGUACUCUAUGCUAUUACCACUAUACCUGAGCUACCUCAGCCUCAA